GAAUCCUCUAACUCAAGAAGGAAACGUGAGGUUGCAGAGAAGCAGAUUACAGACAGCAAGACAUUUUCUUUAUUCUCGGAAAGAAAAUACAAGACCUUGGACUGCAAUGUGAAUGCACGCUGUGUGGACAUAAAAUGUCCCCUGAAGGGUUUGGACAGCAAGGCAUCUAUUGUGCUGCGUUCCAGACUGUGGAACAGUACUUUCUUAGAAGAAUACUCCAAAAUGAACUACCUGGACGUUCUUGUUAGGGCUUCGAUCAGUGUUCCUGCUGCAGCUAAGAAUGUUAAACUCACAAAUGAAGUUGCUCAGGUGCGUGUUACUGUCUUUCCUGCAAAACCAGUUGCACUUUAUACGGGAGUACCUUGGUGGAUCAUCUCGGUGGCUAUUUUUGCUGGAAUACUGAUGCUUGCACUGUUGGUAUUCUUACUAUGGAAGUGUGGUUUCUUCAAGAGAAAUAAGAAAGAUCAUUACGAUGCCACAUAUCACAAGGCUGAGAUCCAUGCUCAGCCAUCUGAUAAAGAGAGGCUUACUUCUGAUGCAUAGUAUUGAUCUACUACUGUAAUUGUGCGGGUUCUUCCAGCGUUCUAGGUACGAAGACAGUGUUCCCCGAUAUCAUGCUGUAAGAAUUCGAAAAGAAGAGCGACAAAUCAAAGAUGGGAAGUGCAAAGACCUUGAGACAAAACAGUGGUUCACAAAAUGGAAUGAAAAUGAAAGUUAUUCUUAGGGAAAAAAUCUUUUCAUCCACAGAUAGAAGUUACGGUUUUCAGUAAUGGAAUACUGACAGAGUUAGACCUAUGAACACUAUGGACAUUCACCAUUUGAUUGUAGAUAUUACUACUUAUAUUGAGGCUUUUGUUUGCACAGUUAAAAUUGCUUCAACAGACUUUAUUGCAUUAUUUAAUUUUCAGACUGCCUCUUUCCCCC